CCCUGCUGCAGGAGAGGAAGAAUUGUUUUGUCGAUGAAUUAUCUGUCGAUAUAUCCAGUAUUAUCUAUAUCUUCUGUCUAAUUUAUUUGGUGCAAAAAAAUACUCGCGUACGACGAAUGAGACGCUUUGUUUGAGCAGAUCUUUCUAUCAAUUUUUUUUUUUUUUAGCUCGCAUCCCGCCUCUGCGGUGAUUGAUUGCAGCGACUGCACGACGAGAAAGCAAAAUGCCUCAUCGAGAUGUUUCCCCAGCCGCUUCGGAGAAUGAAUUCGACAUUACGAGUGCGCUUUUCCAAAAUGACAGUGAAUCCGAUGACGACAAGGGUCUGAAGUCUAAGAAGAAGCUGAAGCAGAAGCAGAAGGCGGCGCCAACCCAAGACCUUGAUUUUCUUGGAGGACAAGAUGGCGAUGAUGGCUCGGAUGACGAGGCAUUCAUCGCGGCGCAGCAGACGUCCGCCAAUCGAAAGGGCGCAAACCUCAAGGGACGGACUGUGAAAAAGGGUGGUGGUUUCCAAGCCAUGGGUUUGAAUGCGAAUCUAUUGAAGGCGAUUACCCGAAAAGGUUUCUCGGUUCCAACUCCCAUCCAACGUAAGACGAUCCCGGUGAUCAUGGACGAACAGGAUGUGGUUGGUAUGGCUCGAACUGGAUCCGGAAAGACCGCGGCUUUCGUUAUCCCCAUGAUCCAGAAACUGAAGAGUCACAGCACCACGGUUGGAUCCCGAGCAUUGAUCAUGUCCCCUUCUCGAGAGUUGGCCUUGCAGACAUUGAAAGUUGUCAAGGAACUAGGACGUGGUACCGACCUGAAAUCCGUUCUCCUCGUUGGUGGUGACAGUCUUGAGGAGCAGUUCUCCAUGAUGGCAAGCAACCCUGAUAUCGUGAUCGCCACACCCGGUCGUUUUCUGCAUUUGUUGGUGGAGAUGAACCUAGACCUGUUCAGCAUCAAAUAUGUUGUGUUCGACGAGGCCGAUAGACUUUUCGAGAUGGGUUUUGCGGCCCAACUAACUGAGAUUUUGCACGGCCUUCCCCCGACUCGACAAACUCUCCUCUUCUCUGCGACGCUGCCCAAAUCCCUUGUGGAGUUUGCCCGUGCUGGCUUGCAGGAUCCUACUCUCAUUCGUCUAGAUACUGAGAGCAAAAUCUCCCCCGAUCUUCAGAAUGCGUUCUUCUCCGUCAAAUCCGCGGACAAGGAAGGAGCUUUGCUACACAUCCUCCACGAGGUCAUCAAAAUGCCCACUGGCCCAACUGAUGUCCGGCAGCGAACAACUGACGACCCAUACGAGCCUAAUAACUUCAGGAAACGGAAGCGGACAGACAAUAAAAAAUCCAUCAACACUCAGGAAUCGCCUACGAAACAUUCGACAAUCGUCUUCGCCGCCACAAAGCACCACGUGGACUACCUAUAUUCUCUUCUACGCGAGGCCGGGUUUGCCGUCUCUUAUGCUUACGGUUCGUUGGAUCAAACUGCGCGUAAGAUCCAAGUCGGUAAUUUCAGAGCUGGUGCUUCCAACAUCCUCGUUGUCACCGACGUGGCGGCUAGAGGUAUCGAUAUUCCUAUUCUUGCCAAUGUCAUCAACUACGACUUUCCAUCGCAACCGAAGAUCUUCGUCCACCGUGUGGGUCGAACUGCCCGUGCUGGCCAAAAAGGUUGGAGUUACAGUCUCGUCCGAGACGCGGAUGCACCAUAUCUGCUUGACCUGCAGCUUUUCCUUGGAAGGAAACUUGUACUCGGCCGCGAACAAGGUGACCAGGUCAACUUCGCCGAAGAGGUUGUCGCCGGAGGCCUUCCCAGAGAUGCUUUGUCUCGAGCCUGCGAGUGGGUGAACAAGGUGUUGGACGACGAUGCCGAUCUCUUUUCGCAACGUGCCGUCGCCGCAAAAGGAGAGAAGCUUUACAUGCGAACCCGAAAUGCAGCUUCCCUCGAAAGUGCCAAGAGGUCAAAGCAAGUUGUGUCGUCCGACCAGUGGACAGCCAUGCAUGCGCUCUUCAACGACGAAUCAAGCCAAAUGGAAGCAGCUCGAGAGAACAUGCUUGCUCGGAUUGGAGGUUAUCGACCGCAGGAGACCAUCUUCGAGGCCAACAACCGACGAGGUGGCAAGGGUGAACAUGACGAAACCAUCGACACAAUCAAAAGAAUCCGCACCGCUCGUGACAACAAAAAGAGAAAGGCAGAGGCCGCCGGACAAUCCGAGUUCCUUGAGGACGGUUCCAAUGAGGUCAGCGAAACAGUUGGAAGCAAAAAGAACGACCAGGACGCUGCAUCUGACGAAGAUGAAGACAUCCCCGAGGGCGAGCCUGACAACAUGUCCCUGGCAUCUGACGGGGACCUCGAAGUUACCUUUUCGUCCUACUCGCAGUCCAAUCAAGGAAAAGCCAAGAAAGAAUCCGCAGCUGCUUUCCAGAAUCCCGAUUACUUCAUGUCUUACACUCCUAAUAAUACUUCUUUGGCUGAAGAUCGGGCGUAUGGUGUUCACACUGGUACCAACGCCAACUUUACCCAAGCCUCGCGUAGCGCAACCAUGGACCUUACUGGUGACGAGGGUGCCCGUGGAUUCGGGGAGCCUUGUACAAUGAUGCGCUGGGACAAGCGACACAAGAAGUACGUGUCGCGACAGAACGACGAGGACGGAUCCAAGGGCUCCCGUCUUGUACGUGGCGAGAGUGGCGCCAAGAUUGCAUCCAGCUUCCGUAGUGGACGCUUCGACGCAUGGAAGAAGGGCAAGCGACUGGGUCGUCUGCCCCGUGUGGGCGAGGCCGAAACGCCGGGUCUGGGUGCCGAUAUGAACAGCUCUAUGAGUGGGAAACGAUUCAAACACCGCAAGGACCAAGCACCCAAGGCAGCUGAUCCUCUACGUGGUGACUACGGCAGGAUGAAGAAGAAGGGCGAAGCGGCUAGGGAACGCAGCAUGUCCAAGGCUGGAGGAGCGGCGUCGUUCGGCAAGAGUGAAAUCAAGAAUAAUGAGGAUAUCCGGAAAGCAAGGAAGCUCAAGGAGAGGAGACGGGAGAAGAACGCCCGGCCGUCGAGAAAGAAGUAGCCGUUGGGCGUUUAUUGAUGCAGAUAUCUACGUUUGGAUGAACAGAUAUACAUACGAUGCUUAGAGUGUUUAUAGUCUACUGAUACCAGGAUGUUGUCUGUUUCGCAAUAAAAAAAAUUGUACUUUUCUUU